AUGCUCCGAGAAAGAUUGCGCGUGCUCGUUGUCGGCAACGGUGGUCGUGAACAUGCCUUUGCGUGGAAACUGAGUCAAUCACCUUCGGUCGAUGUUGUCUACGUCGCUCCUGGAAACGGCGGAACUGGUUCGGGAUCAUCACAAAAGGUUGUCAAUGCGAGCGUCAAAUCCGACGACUAUCCCGGCCUAGUCGCCCUAGCCCAGAAGAACAAUGUCAACUUGGUUGUCCCGGGCCCUGAGGCGCCUCUGGUCGAUGGUAUUCAGGGAUAUUUCCAGGCUGUGGGCAUCAGAUGUUUCGGUCCAUCAAAGACUGCAGCACAGAUGGAAGGCUCCAAGGCAUUUUCCAAGGACUUCAUGAAGAGGCACCAGAUCCCAACAGCCGCGUACGAGAACUUUACCGACUACGAAGCGGCUCGCAAAUACCUUGACUCGGUGGAUCACAAUGUAGUCAUCAAAGCCAGUGGUCUGGCUGCGGGUAAAGGCGUCAUCAUACCCACAACGAAAGAAGAGGCACACACCGCGCUUCGAGAGAUUAUGCUUGACCAUCAAUUCGGAGAGGCUGGGGAUGAGGUUGUUAUUGAGGAAUAUCUCGAUGGAGACGAGCUGAGUAUCCUGACCUUUAGCGACGGUUACACUAUCCGGUCUCUUCCACCAGCUCAGGAUCACAAGCGUAUCUUCGACGGUGACCAAGGGCCAAAUACAGGAGGCAUGGGUUGCUAUGCACCAACAAAGAUUGCUUCGAAAGAGGUCCUCGCGCAGAUCGACCGCAACAUCGUCCAGCCUUCAAUCGAUGGAAUGAGAAGAGAGGGUUUCCCGUUUGUUGGAAUUCUCUUCACCGGUUUAAUGAUGACCAAGGAUGGACCCAAGGUUCUCGAAUACAACGUUCGCGGCGGAGACCCUGAGACCCAGACUUUACUUCCUCUUCUCAGCAGCGACACCGAUCUUGCCGAGAUUAUGGUUGCAUGCACAGAACACUGGCUAGACGGCGUUUCAAUCGUUAUCCAACCCAAUUUCUCAACGACUGUUAUUGCAGUAGCGGAAGGAUACCCUGGCUCAUAUGCAAAAGGUCGCGCAGUCACCCUGGACCCUGUUCCACAGGACACCAUAGUCUUCCAUGCAGGCACAUCUCUUGUCAAUAACGAACUGCAGGCCACGGGAGGUCGUGUCAUUGCGGCAACCUCUGUGGCUUCUACUCUCGAAGAAGCAGUUCGUAAAAGUUACGAGGGUAUCGCUACUAUCCACUUUCAAGGCAUGCAUUAUCGCAAGGAUAUCGCCCACCGUGCUUUCCGCAGUCCUGCACAGGAGAAAGAGAGUCUUACAUAUGCCAGUGCUGGAGUCUCAAUUGACGCCGGCAAUGCUCUUGUUAACAAGAUCAAGGCAUCGGUAGCCCGUACUAGCCGACCAGGAUCUGAUGCAGUCAUCGGCGGAUUUGGAGGCACAUUCUCUCUAGCAGCAGCCAACCCGGCCUACCACCCAGAUUCUCCCACAGUGAUUGGAGCCAUUGAUGGCGUUGGGACGAAACUGAAGGUUGCACACGCUGUUGGCGUACACAACACAGUCGGAAUUGACUUGGUUGCAAUGAACGUCAAUGACUUGGUCGUCCAGGGGGCCGAGCCGCUGUUCUUCCUAGACUGCUACUCGUGCGGGCAUCUCGACGUCGAAACAGCGGCCGCGUUUGUCACCGGAGUUGCUGAGGGCUGUGUCCAGGCUGGAUGCGCUCUCAUCGGCGGUGAAACUGCGGAAAUGCCAGGACUCUUCCUGGAUGAGGCUUACGACGCCGUGGGAGCUGCCGUGGGAGCCAUCAACACACAGGGCCCCAAUCGCCGCACCAUUCUCCCCGACACAACAGCCAUGAAACCGGGCGACGUUAUCCUGGCACUCGCCUCCGAUGGCGUCCACUCCAACGGGUUUUCGCUGGUGCGCAAGAUUGUCGACAAAUCCGGACUGACCUACCACGAUCCCGUGCCUUUCCCCUUCACGUCAUCAAUCUUCCCUAACCCAGUCCUGGGCACCGCCCUUCUCACCCCAACACGCAUCUAUGUCAAGCCCUUGCUCAAGGCUCUCGCCAUUCCAUCCUCGCAGCAUGCCCCGGCGUCGUCUGCGGCAAUCAAGGGUAUGGCACACAUCACGGGCGGCGGCUUGCUCGAAAACGUGCCUCGCAUGCUACCACCCACGCUGGCCGCGCACAUCGACGUUUCGGCCUGGAAAUUGCCUCCCGUGUUCCAAUGGCUGAAGAACACUGGUAACGUUUCGUCACACGAAAUGUCACGCGCCUUCAACUGCGGUGUCGGUAUGGUUCUCGUCGUAGACAGGGACUGUGCUACGGCUGUGCGCGAAUUGCUCGAACGGGAAGGCGAGACGGUCUAUCAGAUCGGAGAGCUCAAGAUCAGACAUGACCGUGAAGAGGGUUGUAUACUGGAUGGGUUAGCAACAUGGGAUUCGUGA